AUGCUUCAGGAGCUACCGGUACACCAAAGAGGAGAUGCGGUUAGCAGUUUGGUAUAUGAGGCGAACGCUAGAAUGCGGGACCCGGUUUACGGCUGUGUAGGGGCCAUAUCUUACCUGCAAAACCAAGUCUCUCAGUUACAGAUGCAACUGGCCAUGGCUCAGGCUGAGAUCCUCUGCAUCCAGAUGCAGCACGACCCGCCUGCACCCUCACCCCUCGACCACCCAGAGGAAAGUUAUGAUAAAGCCCUCUUCUUGCCGGCUAACAGCGGCUUUAGCGAUAUCAACAGCCUUCAGCACUAUCUUAGCUUCGCUUCGACUUCCUUUGGACUUGAGUUAUUAAGAAAAAAAAAAAGAAAAAGAAAAACAAGAAAAAGCUUCUGUUUUGAUCAUCAUGUGGUAAUUAUAUUAACAUGA